AUGAGCCUCCCACCCCGAGAACCUGCCCUAGCCUCUCCCCGCCCUCACAUCCCCGUCGUGGGCCGAGACCCUUGGGUGCUGUCCGGCUGGGGCGCGAUUAAGGACUCGGAGGGGGCGGGGGAGCCCUGCUGGGGUCCCCGGGACGCAUUGCACACUGCAGACCCGAGUCAGGAUCCAGACCCGGGUGGCUGCGAGCGCUCCUUCCGGGUCUGCCCCUUUGGGGCGGGGAAGCUUUGGGUCCGGCCCGGGGCGCUCGGAAGGGACUUUUAUAGGCUUCUGCUCACUAGCUGUUUGCUUCUGAGACCCUGUGAGCUCCAAGCAGACAAAACCUCUAAACCCAACAUUCUCUUGAUCCUGGCUGACGACCUUGGCAUCGGAGAUCUUGGUUGCUAUGGAAAUGACACGCUGAGGACACCAAAUAUUGACCGACUUGCUGAGGAAGGAGUGAGGUUCACCCAGCACUUGGCAGCUGCACCCCUCUGCACCCCGAGUCGAGCUGCUUUCCUCACCGGGAGACACUCCUUCCGGUCUGGCAUGGAAGCCAUUGACGGGUACCGUGCGCUGCAGUGGAACGGGGGAUCAGGUGGACUCCCUGCCAAUGAAACCACGUUUGCCAGAGUCCUGCGUGAGCAGGGCUACCGGACAGCCCUCAUCGGAAAAUGGCACCAGGGGGUGAACUGUGUGUCUCGCGGGGACCACUGCCACCACCCUUUAAAUCACGGGUUCGACUACUUCUACGGCAUGCCCUUCACGUUGAUCGACGACUGCCACCCAGACAGGCCUCCGGAGGUCGAUGCGGUGUUUCGGAGGAAACUCUGGCUGUACACACAGGUCAUGGUUCUGGGGGUGUUGACACUUGCGGGCUGCAAAGCUUUGGACUUGCUCCCCAUCCCCUGGAAAGCUGUCCUGGGUCUGGCCGGCCUGGUCGCCUUGUUUUUCCUCUCCUGGUACGCCAGCUUCGGGUUCGUGCGACGCUGGAACUGCGUCCUGAUGAGAAACGAUGAGGUCGUAGAGCAGCCUAUGGCCCUGGAAACAGUAACCUUCCGGAUGCUGAGGGAGGCAGUGGCCUACAUAGAAAGAAACAAACAUGUGCCGUUUCUCCUGUUCGUAUCAUUGUUGCAUGUUCACAUCCCCCUCGUUACCACAGAAAAGUUUCUUGGGAAGAGUCUCCACGGCUUAUAUGGGGACAACGUGGAGGAGAUGGACUGGGUAGUCGGUGAAAUUCUUGGUGCGAUUGAAGAGAAUGGUUUGAAGAAUUCAACGUUCACAUACUUUACCUCAGACCAUGGAGGACAUUUGGAGGCGAGAGACGGACAUAGACAACUGGGGGGAUGGAAUGGAAUUUAUAAAGGAGGCAAAGGCAUGGCCGGCUGGGAAGGAGGUAUCCGGGUCCCUGGAAUCUUCCGAUGGCCGGGGGUACUGCCCGCCGGACAGCUGAUCCACGAACCCACCAGUCUGAUGGAUAUUUUCCCCACGGUGGUCCAGCUGGCAGGCGGCCAGAUGCCUCAGGACAGGGUCAUCGAUGGCCGCAGCCUCCUGCCCUUGCUCCUAGGGUCUGUCCAGUAUUCGGCCCACGAGUUCUUAUUUCACUACUGUGGGAUGCACCUCCACGCUGCCCGGUGGCACCAAAUAGACAGUGGAAGGGUCUGGAAGGUCCACUAUGUGACGCCCCAGUUCCACCCCGAGGGUGCCGGGGCCUGCUACGGCCGGGGUGUGUACCCUUGCUCAGGGACAGGCGUCACCCACCACAGCCCACCCCUGCUGUUCGAUCUCUCCAGCGACCCUUCCGAGGCAGAGCCCCUGUCCCCUGACUCGGAGCCCCUGUACGACACAGUGAUCUCCAGGGUGGCGCAGGCUUUGGAGGCGCACCGGCAAACCCUGAGCCCCGUGCCUCAUCAGUUCUCCGUGGGCAACAUCAUCUGGAAGCCUUGGCUGCAGCCUUGCUGUGGGACCUUUCCUUUCUGUUCCUGCAAAGAGGAUGAAGCCAGCACCCCACCAGGGCCAGAUCCAUGA